AUGUCCUUGGCGACGCUCUCAUCCUCGUCGUCAUCCUCCGCGACCGCGAUCGGAGCCAGCGGACCGGCCAUCUCGCCGAGUCGUCAUGCCAGCUCCCUACUCUCCUCCUCCGUACCGAAUACCGAGGAACCCACCCCGACGGACUUGCUGCUGGCGACACCACCGGCAGUGCUCAAGUUCCUGACCCUGGCUGCCCCGGUCAUCCACGGUCUGACCUUCAUCUCGCACCUCAUCAACUGGGAGGGCCAUUUCUUUUCCUCACUCCUGCUCCUUCUCGCGUGGUGGGCUAUUUGCCUGUUCGGCGAAUUCAUCCUGCGAUACGGUGCACCUGCGCUCGUGCUCGCCUACAUCCUCUUCACCUACCUCGGCUCCUUCUCGUCGCGACCGGUGCCCGGCACGGCGCCGAAUAAGGUCGCCUUGACGCGGUCCCGACAUCGACAAGCACCUUUGACACCAGCGGCGUUCCACUCGCUGCUGCAUUCAUCACAAAUCCUUGCCAAUGACGUACAAUCCCUCCGCGCCGAACUAAUUCACCCGCUCUCGGUCCGAUUGAGCUUCGUGCCCACCCACCCCGGUCGAGCCGCCCCGGCUUACCACACGGCGUGGAUCGUCUUGACGUCUUACCCCUUCUACCUCGCCCUGACGUACUUUGUUCCUAUGCGGCUCAUCUUUCUCGCCCUCGGCAGUGUCGGCUUGUUGUGGAACGCGCCCUUCUUCCAAACGCUUCGAGUGACCUUGUGGAGCUCGGCGUUCGUGCGCUGGAUCGCGAGGAUCACGAUCGCUUCGAUCACGGGAGGGCGAGGAUUGAGUCAAGAGCUACGACGAGCACGAAAGGGAGUUGGGAUUCCGGGUCUAUUAGGGUCCAAAAAGCAAGCCAAGCAAGUUAUCGUCGUCCAGGAGAAGCCGGUCAAAGUGGGAGGAUCUGGAGUGCAGUCUGCUGUCGGUCUGACCAAGAAGGACGUCAAGGCGGGUGCAGGAGUGGUCGACCCCGCAGGUUCGGAAGAGGAUGUUCAGGUUCAGUUUACCAUCUUUGAGAACCAGCGGUGGUGGGUCGGGUUGGACUGGACGCAUGCGUUGUUGCCCGGUGAGAGGGCUAGUUGGUGAGUGUUUCCCGUCUCUUGUAAAGCCGGGUCAUCAGUAACUGAGUGAUUGCUUAACUUUGCCCUCCAUCAGGACGGACGUGGCGCUACACCCCGCUAUCCCUCCCGUUUCCUUCGUGCUUCCUCCCGGAUCGGUGACCUACACCUCUUCACCGACCCGAUCGGACCCAACCUCACGACUCAAGCGCACGACGGAAUGGAAGUGGUUGGACACCGAAUGGCGGGUGAUGCGCUCAUCUUCGGGCCAAGCGAACGCGAUUGGUUCCUCUGCUGCUGCGACGAAUGCCGAUGGGUCGAUCAUCGCGAAUGCUUCCUCCGCGACGAACGCCCAUAUGCCGAGGUCACCUUCACUCUCUGCCGCUUUACAAUCCUACAUUUCCUCAACGACCAAGCCCGACACUGAUCAUCCUUCCACUACCGGCGAAGGAGCAACAGGGGAAGACGACACCCCUCUAUUCCCUGCUCUAGUCGAGGACUACUUCUUUGAGAACAACUACCUCGUCGAUAAUAACGGUUGGGCCUAUUCCGACAACUCGUGGGAACACGCUUCUGCCAAAGGAGGCUUGGGCAAAUAUACUCGAAGAAGGGCGUGGGUACGACGAGCGCAUCUCGUCGAAAGGGUCGAGAGGGUCGGUGGACCGGUGGCGUCUGCUGCGGCGGCGGGUUCGGGCGCGGGCUCGAAUUCGAGUGGGACGGCGUUGGGGACGAGUGGAGUGGGGUUGAGGUCCGCGCCUGUUGGUGGUGGAGUUGUCGGGACGAGGGAUAAGGAAGGGGGAAGUUUGAGGAGGAGAAAGAGCUCGAAGAGUUUGAAAGAUGCGGCAGGGUCGGGGGCGGUGACGGGUGACAAAGAGAAUUCGGGGAACUGA